ACUGGGGCUGAGCAUCGUGCAGUGAGCUUUGCAGACCCCAGCUCCAGCCCUGCUUGCGGAUCCCUCGGCCCCCACAGCACCAUGAAGGUCCCCACGGCUGCCCUCAUCACUCUCUUCCUCGUGGCCUCCUGCUCCCUGUCCGAGGCACAUCUUGACGGCGUCCCCACAUCCUGCUGCUUCAGCUACCAGCAACGCCCUGUCCCGCGGGCUCUCAUCGCAUCCAUCUACACCACCAGCAGCAGCUGCACCCAGCCAGGGGUGAUCCUGGUCACCAAGAAGAAGAAGGAGCUGUGCGCAGACCCCCAGGUGCCCUGGGUGAAGGCACAUCUCAAGCACUUCCAGCCUCAGAAUAACUGA